AUGCUUAAUGAUAAGGUGAUUCAUUUUUGCCAGCAACUUAUGUCACUUCAGUUAAAUAUUGAUGUUGGUCUGCAAGAUCCUAUUAAAGGACAAGUGUUAUCUUUCCAUAUCUAUCCAAGCACGCCAUUUGUCCAAAUUCUUCAUGAUGGAAAUCUUCACUGGCUAUGUGUGACCACAUAUGAUUGCAAACCAGGGGAGAUAUAUAUAUUUGACAGCCUUUUCCAUGGUUCCAUCAGCUUGCAGAUAAAAAGGCAAAUAUGCUCCAUUUUACAUUGUCAACAAAAAAAUCUUAUUUUCAAAGUUUUGCCAGUUCAACAGCAAACAAAUGGUGUGGAUUGUGGAAUUUAUGCCAUUGCAUGGGCUCGUCAGAUUCUUGAAACAAAAAGUAUACCAUCAACAAAUCUGAUGUUUGAUCAAAGUGAAAUGAGAAGUCAUCUCCUGAAAUGUAUAUCAAACAACAGGAUGGAGAUAUUUCCAGCCACUAAAAAUCCUUUUUUGUUUAAAAGAUGUAAUGCUAAGACUUUUCGCGUUCCACUGCAUUGCUCAUGUCGCAUGUUUUGGAUACCUGGAGACGAAGACAUAUUUAACAGGCAAAUGGCACAAUGCUGUGUUUGUAGUAAAUGGUUUCAUCGUGAUUGUGAACAAAUUCCACCAAGUGCCUAUGAAAAGGAAGACGAAAUUUGGAUUUGUCAUGAUUGCCAGAACCGAUCAAAAUAUUAUUAUGUACACACUUCUCAAAAAGAGCCUACUAUGCAACAUACCUACAAAUUUCUAUGCGUUAAAUGCGUUGCUGAUAAAGUAGUACCAACAAUGGUAUUGCACAAAACCAAUUUUACUUGAAAAAGUAAAAUUUGCAAAUCCUACCCAAUAUUCUAUAGCAGGUACCCGCUGCUUACUUAAACUGGUAUCCUCGCAAAGAAUUACAUGAUAUGUGUGUGAAUAAAAAAAAUGGACAUCCGGAACGCCGUGUAAAAACGUUUGCUAUGCUGUAUUUACGCUAUUGAUAGAACUUUAGCAUUUUUAUAAUCUGCUAUUAGUUUAGAAGUAACAAUUUUAGAUUAAAUUAUUUAACUGUUUUUCAGUCGAUAACCAAGAGGUCAUAAGUCCACAUUUAUGUUUUUCCAAUUUAUUAUCAAUAUAUAUUUAAUUUGAAUACUCAAUUUUCUCGGAAACAUAAUGAACAUACGA